AUGGGCUCCGUGCAGUGUUGUGGCUUCGUUGAGGAGCAGGUGGUGGAGGACGUCUUCAUCAGACCCGAAAGGUUGGAGGCUCGCCGCAGCACCCUUUAUGGGCCCCCUGCUCAGCAGCGCAUGGACGUCCUGGAGGAGCAGGUGGUCCAUGUGCCCAAGGUGAUUCAGCAGGAACGCGCCCACCAUUUCCACGUCGAGGCAGGAAGCCGCGAAGCUUCCGAGGCCGGGCCACAGGCCCAGGAGCGGCCCGUGGCCUCCCCGCAGCACCGCAACCGAGCCGAGCGCAAAAUUGGUCUGCCCUCGAAGGCGCUAGAGCCGCAGAAGGUGAUGCUUCCUGGCGCGGUGGACAGCCCACCGGGCCUCGGCGCCACAGCUGCAGCCGCGUUGGCCGCCAUGCGUGCCUUGGGGUCGCCGGGCCUCGAAGAGGCCGGGGAAGAGUCUGCAGGAAUGGAUGCCACGCCCGUGAUCAACGCAGAUGCAUCCCCUGAGAGCCGCCUUGCAGUGUCUCCCACGGUCGCUGGCCGUGAGUCGGAUGCGGAGGCAUCCCAGGUCGAGGUGCCUGUGCCCACGAGCGAGGACCGUGUGGUGGUGCAGCGCCCAGCUCCAGGGACCCGCCCAGCUGCCAACAUACAGGAGAGCCGACAGCGCGAGGAGGGCGAGGCUCGAAGCGAUCAGAAGCUGGCAGACUUGGCCGCUGCGUGCAGGGAGGUCGCGGAGGCAGCCGAGGUCCUUCAGAAACCCAGCCAAAGCCAGGUGGCAGAUGAGCGCGAGCAGCUGCUGACAAAGCAAGGCGGCCGCCGGCAGCACUGCAGCGUGGAAGAAAGGGAGCGGGCCCUGCAAGAGCUCAGCGCUCGAUGGCAAAAGCUGGAGGAGGCCUGGCGGAAGAUCGAUGUUUGCAAGAAGCGCGAGGGUGAGUGGCGGGGGGACGCGCAGAAGACGUCCGCAGAAGCAGAAGUCGCUGCUUCAGGCCGAGCCGACCCGACCAUCAAGGGGAAGCUGGGGGAGUCGGGCAAGGAGGCCCGGAACCUCGGGAGAAGAUUGGACAAGCAUGCAGAGGACAGGCCUGUCGACACGCACCAUGCGCGUCCCCCCAGCAAGGGGAAGUGGCUUCUUGCUGGUCUCAGGGGCCGAGAGUACCAGCACCCUCUUCGGUCGGUGCCGGCGUCGCCCAGAAGUUUGACCUCUGGCUUUCGACCGCCGCAGCGGAUUUCCGGGAGAGGCAACGGCUUGGAGAUGGGGCGACAGUCAUCAUGCAGGUGUGUGGAGGCAGGAUCCACGUUCCGGGCGCAAUCUGCGGAAGUGCAGCUGCGCGCAGAGGUUGAGGAGCUUUUUAGAGAGGUCCUUGCCAGUGUGGUCGUGACAUUGGUGUUUGCUAUCCUUGCUGGCAAUCAGAGCUGA